AAGUGACUCGUUCAGUUCCGGGCCUUGCCUCCCUUCCGGUUUCUGCAACAAAACCUCUCUUCCCACAGAGAUCCUUGCCCCGGGACAUGGCCUGGGCUCUUGUCCUGCAGAUCUGCGGGGGACUGCUGGCAGCGGUGGCUGCUAGUGGGCCGCACCACCUGAACAUUCUGGUCACUGGAACAGAGGAGGAAAAUGGGACCCACACCUACUUCAUGAUUGCCAAGCUGGAUGAAUUUGUUGUCGCCAACUACAGCAGCGACACCCAGGAGGUCAGACCCACCCAGGAGUGGGUGAAGCGGGCUGUGGGCAGUGACUAUAUGCAGGAACUGACCCACAGGUUCCAGCGGUACGAGAAAGGAUCCAAAGUUCACAUAAAGAGCUGGAUGAAGGUGUAUAACCAUACGGAUGGGCUCCAUGUCGAGCAGGUCCACGUGGGCUGCUCUCUCAGUGGUGACGUUUUGGGGGACCAGAAGUUCCAGUACGCCUACGACGGGGAGGAUUUCAUCAACUUUGACAUCCAGCAGCAAACAUGGGUGGCGGCUGUGCCGGUGGCAUUUGCCCAGAAGCUACGGUGGGAGAGUCACAAGACCUGGACCCAAUAUGUACAGUGGUACCUAAAGGAGAAGUGCCAGCAAACCUUGAAGAGCUUGCUGCAGGAGGGAAAAGCCAUCCUGGCCCAGAGGGUCUCCCCCAAGGUGUCGGUGUCCCGUAGAGAUGCCCCCGACGGCUCCACCACCCUGUCCUGCCACGUGAGGGACUUUUACCCACGCCCCAUCCAUGUCUCAUGGGUGCAGGAGGGAGGGGAGAUCCUCCUGGAGACCUUCACUGGUGGGAUCCUGCCCACUGCCAACAACACGUUCUACACGUGGACGUCCCUGGAGCUUGGUCCCGCAUCCACCAUGCACCACUACGCCUGCCGGGUGGAGCACAGCAGCCUGCCGGAGCCCUCGCUCACCUGGGUCUCUGACAAGACGGACACUCUGUCCCCCUGGGUCCUGGCUGUCCUCAUCAUGGCCGGGAGUAUGACCCUGGUUAUCACUGUCCUAGGCUAUGCCAUCAUCAGGAGGAAAAAGUCAGGCAUCACGCAAUCAGGCUAUGCUCCAGCAAGCACCAAGAGCUGAGAUGAGUCCAAAUCGGGCUUCUCAUCAGGGACAGCAACCAAAAACCAGGGACCCCCUGGCUUAAGGCAGCAGGACUGCAGACCCGACACUGGUCCCUGCUGCCUGGGAGAGGACCCCGUCUCCACGUCUCGGGCUCUAGCAUUUCAGAAGAUUAUGUUUGUCUGCUGUUUGUCUGUCCUUGGCCAUGGGCUACCAGAACUGUCUCCAAGCAGGCGCCUGCCUCUGGCUCUCUCCAGUUAUUUAUUAUUUAUCCAUGUACAUGCCCCUUUUCCUGAAAAGCAGCAUGCCUCCAGUUUGUUUUUUUUCCUCUAAAGCCAGCAGAUGGGUGGUGAUAGGACUGUAGGAUGAUAGGAUCCUAGGAAAGUUGUGACCUCCUAAGGUCACAUCUAGGCCAGCCCUGCAGGCUGCAGACAUGGCCAGUGGCUCACAGACCACACCGGGCAGUGCUCACUAGUAAAGCCUGAGCUAUGAGUGAUGUGUGCUUAUGCUGGUAGGCAAUCCAGAAUUAACAGGCUUUCAGUUCCAUCACAAGGUGUAGCCUGGAAAUGUGGAAUAAGAAUGUGUUUAUCAAGCCUUUAAUAUUAGAGACAGCCAAGAAGAAACAGCUGCUUUUCAGACAGGUGUCACAGCAGCUAGGAGCAGCCUCUGCGGUCCUGUUCUGCUCGCCUGCUCUUCGCCACACUUGGCCUGGCCAGUGGAGCAGAAGCAACAGGACGUGGCAAGGAGCAUUCCUGGAUGGGGAGGGAAAGAGAUAAGAAGCCCUCCUCUCUCCAGAGCUGUGCUUUUCUCAGGGACACCGGACCCAGUGUAUUGGCUCCUUCUAAAUCCAGAGAUCACCUGGUUCAGUCCAUUCCCAGUGGCGACGCGUAGGGGGUGCACAGGAGUGCAUGUGCACUGGUGCACCCCCUGUCAGGCCACGCUCCCUACUUAGGCGACGGGUGGGGAGGGGGGGCAGGCGGUAGCACUGGUGCCACCCCUGUGAGCGCCAGCCAGAAUGAAGUGGCUGCAGCACUCCUGGAAGUGACUGAGUGUGAUUGGCCAUGGGGGACCUCCUCCCCACCCGCCCCAUGCCGGUCGCUGACUGGUCACUGGGGUGGCAUGUGCCCCCCCUGACUCAGAUGGCACUAGUCACCCAUGUCCAUUCCCAAAAUCUCAGUGAAAGAAAAAAUGUGAGUAACAGAAUAUUUAUUUAAGUGAGCUACAGAUACAUUUGGGGUGCAUGGGUGGGAGGGGGGGGGGUUGAGGAAGACCUCUGCAAAGCCAAGGCAACAUGUUGCCAGGAUGCAGGCCAGCUUCCUCCUCUCUCCAGUAUUCCUCCUGGCUGGUAGAGGUAAAAAUGUUUCUUGUGCUGGUGGAGGGAGCUGGACAGGCACAGACACAAGUGCUUAUUCUUAUGUCCAAUAAAAGGUUGGGUUAUAUAGACCUGCCUUUGUCCAUUCCCAGACCUGGAGCUUGUGGGCAUCAUGCCUUGCUCCCUUGGAGACAGUUUGAGAGACACGGUCUGAGAGCUGGAGAGUCUGGGAGGCCGAUAGCUCACCCUGAGGGUAAUAGAGCAACAGUGAUUAUGGUCAUUAUUGUUGCUGUUGGGACUGUUGGACUGUUGUCCCUUUGAAUAAAUACCCUUUCCCCCA